GCUCCGAGCCAACCCCGCCCCCUUCCCGGCUACGGCGUGGGGCUGCUAUCUGUCUGCGCCUGUGGCUCGUUCGUCUUUUCCCAGUGACCUGUGAUCAUGGGGCAGGAGCCGCGCACGCUGCCGCCCUCUCCUAACUGGUACUGCGCCCGAUGCAGUGAUGCCGUGCCUGGGGGCCUCUUCGGCUUCGCGGCGCGGACCUCCGUUUUCCUUGUCCGCGUGGGCCCGGGCGCCGGCGCGAUCCCUGGGACGCCCCCAUUUCGAGUCAUAGGGGAAUUGGUGGGACACACCGAAAGGGUCUCUGGCUUCACGUUUUCACAUCACCCGGGUCAAUACAACCUCUGUGCCACGAGCUCUGAUGAUGGGACUGUGAAAAUCUGGGAUGUGGAGACAAAAGCAGUUGUGACAGAGCAUGCACUCCAUCAGCAUACAAUAUCAGCAUUGCACUGGUCUCCUCAAGUAAAGGAUUUAAUAGUAUCUGGAGAUGAAAAAGGAGUAGUUUUCUGUUACUGGCUUAACAGAAAUGACAGCCAGCACCUCUUUAUAGAACCCAGGACAAUUUUCUGUCUUACUUGCUCACCUCAUCAUGAAGAUUUAGUAGCCAUCGGUUACAAGGAUGGCAUAGUGGUUAUAAUUGACAUCAGUAAGAAAGGAGAAGUUAUUCACAGGCUUCGAGGCCACGAUGAUGAGAUUCACUCCAUAGCCUGGUGUCCCCUGCCUGGCGAAGAUUGUUUAUCCAUAAGUCAAGAGGAAAAUUCAGAAGAACCUGCAAUUCCCAAUGGUAAAGUCACAGCACAAACUGCAGUAACAAAAGGCUGCUACUUAGCCACUGGAAGCAAAGAUCAGACCAUUCGAAUCUGGAGCUGCUCUAGAGGCCGAGGGGUGAUGGUUUUGAAAUUGCCCUUUCUGAAGAGAAGAGGAGGGGGUAUAGACCCAACUAUUAAAGAACGCCUUUGGUUGACACUCCAUUGGCCCAGGGAUCAACCAACACAGCUGGUAUCCAGCUGUUUUGGAGGUGAGCUGUUGCUGUGGGAUCUCACUCAGUCCUGGAGACGGAAAUAUACCCUCUUUAGUGCUUCAUCAGAAGGGCAGAAUCAUUCAAGAAUUGUGUUUAACUUAUGCCCUUUACAAACGGAGGACGACAAACAGCUGCUGCUUUCCACAUCAAUGGAUAGAGAUGUAAAAUGUUGGGACAUGGCCACCCUAGAGUGCUGCUGGUCCCUGCCUUCCCUUGGUGGAUUUGCCUACAGCCUGGCUUUCUCUCCUGUGGACAUGGGCUGUUUGGCCAUAGGCGUUGGAGAUGGUAUGAUCCGCGUAUGGAAUACACUCUCCAUAAAGAACAACUAUGAUGUGAAAAAUUUUUGGCAGGGGGUCAAGUCCAAGGUUACAGCGCUGUGCUGGCACCCAACCAAAGAAGGCUGUUUAGCUUUUGGAACUGAUGAUGGAAAAGUGGGAUUGUAUGACACCUACUCCAACAAACCGCCACAGAUUUCUAGCACGUAUCAUAAGAAGACUGUGUACACUUUAGCCUGGGGGCCACCACUGCCCCCCAUUUCACUCGGAGGAGAAGGAGACAGACCUUCCCUUACUUUAUACAGCUGUGGAGGGGAAGGGAUUGUCUUACAGCAUAACCCUUGGAAGCUUGGUGGAGAGGCCUAUGACAUCAACAAACUAAUCAGGGACACCAAUUCAAUCAAAUACAAAUUGCCUGUACACACAGAGGUCAGCUGGAAAGCAGAUGGCAAAAUCAUGGCCCUUGGCAACGAAGAUGGAUCAAUAGAAAUAUUUCAAGUUCCCAACCUGAAACUGAUAUGUACCAUCCAGCAGCAUCACAAGCUUGUGAAUACCAUUAGCUGGCAUCAUGAGCACGGCAGUCAGCCGGAGCUGAGCUAUCUGAUGGCCUCUGGGUCCAACAAUGCGGUCAUUUAUGUGCACAACCUGAAGACUGUCAUAGAGAGCAAUCCUGAAUCUCCAGUGACCAUUACAGAGCCCUACCGGACCCUGUCAGGGCACACAGCCAAGAUUACCAGUGUGGCAUGGAGCCCACAUCAUGAUGGAAGGCUGGUAUCUGCUUCCUACGAUGGUACAGCUCAGGUGUGGGAUACUCUCAGAGAAGAGCCUCUAUGCAACUUCCGAGGACAUCGAGGUCGACUGCUUUGUGUGGCAUGGUCCCCACUGGAUCCAGACUGCAUCUACUCAGGGGCAGAUGACUUCUGUGUGUACAAAUGGCUCACUCCCAUGCAAGAACAUUCUCGGCCUCCUCAAGGUAAGAAAAGUAUUGAAUUAGAGAAAAAAAGGCUCUCUCAACCUAAGCCAAAGCCCAAAAAGAAGAAAAAGCCCACCUCGAGAGCUCCUGUAAAGCAGGAUGUGUAUGACGGGAAUGAAGACGAGAGCAUCAGGGAGAGCUCGGGACCUGUUGAGAACGGUCUGUCGGACCAGGAGGGUGAGGAGGAAGCCCUGGAGCCAGAGCUACCCAGUAGCAUCAUCUCAGUGGCUUCUAGAGAACCGGUUACCUGCACUCCAGUUUCCAUAGGUUUUGAAAAGUCAAAAACCACUGUUAAUAACAAAGUCACAAUACUGAAAAAGGAGCCACCUAAAGAGAAGUCAGAAUCCAUAACCAAGAAGCGAAAAGCUCGUUCCAUGCUUCCACUGACUACCAGCCUGGACCACAGGUCUAAAGAGGAGCUUCAUCAGGACUGUCUGGUAUUAGCAACGGCAAAACACUCCAAAGAGCUAAAUGAGGACGUGUCUGCUGAUCUUGAGGAAAGAUUUCACCUGGGACUUUUCACAGACAGGACUGCCCUGUACAGAAUGAUUGAGGUUGAAGGAAAGGGUCACUUGGAAAAUGGCCACCCUGAGUUAUUUCACCAACUCAUGCUUUGGAAAGGAGAUCUAAAAGGUGUUCUUCAAACGGCAGCGGAAAGGGGGGAGCUGACAGACAGUCUUGUGGCUAUGGCACCAGUUGCUGGCUACCAUGUGUGGCUGUGGGCCGUGGAAGCUUUUGCCAAACAGCUGUGUUUUCAAGAUCAGUACGUUAAGGCUGCCUCUCACCUCCUUUCUAUCCACAAAGUAUAUGAAGCUGUAGAGCUGCUCAGGUCAAACCACUUCUACAGGGAAGCUAUUGCAGUUGCCAAGGCCCGACUGCGCCCAGAAGACCCAAUCCUGAAGGACCUGUACCUCACCUGGGGAGCCAUCCUGGAAAAGGACGGCCAUUAUGCCGUGGCUGCCAAAUGCUAUUUAGGGGCUGCUUCUGCUUAUGAUGCAGCCAAAGUUUUAUCCAAGAAGGGAGAUGCAGCAUCACUUAAAACAGCUGCAGAACUGGCUUCAAUUGUAGGAGAGAAUGAGUUGUCAUCUUCCCUGGCUCUCAGAUGUGCCCAAGAGCUGCUUUUGGCCAGGAACUGGGUGGGAGCCCAGGAAGCGCUGAAGCUACAUGAAAGUCUAAAGGGGCAGAGACUGGUGUUUAGCCUUCUUGAGCUCCUGUCCAAGCGCCUGGAGGAAAGGCAGCUUUCGGAGGGCAAAAGUUCUUCCUACAAUGUGUGGGCUGCAGGCACUGAAGGGCCCUUCGUGGAGAGGGUGACUGCAGUAUGGAAGAGCACCUUCAGCCUGGAGACCCCAGAGCAGUACCAGGCAGCAUUACAGCAGCUGCAAACUAUCAAGUACCCAUCUGCUACAAAUAACACUCCCUCCAAACAGCUUCUGCUUCAUAUUUGCCAUGAUCUGACGUUGGCAGUGCUAAGCCAGCAGGUGGCCUCCUGGGACGCGGCUGUGGAAGCCCUGCUUCGGGCUGUGGUCCGGAGCUACGACUCCGGAAACUUCACCAUCAUGCAGGAAGUGCACUCAGCCUUUCUUCCUGAGGGCUGUGACCACCUAAGAGACAAACUGGGUGAACAUCAGUCCCCUACCACACCAGCUUUCAAAAGUUUGGAGGCCUUUUUUAUUUAUGGACGUCUGUAUGAAUUCUGGUGGUCUCUCUCCAAGCCUUGCCCUAAAUCCAGUGUCUGGGUAAGAGCUGCUCACGGAAGGACAACGUCUGUGGAGCAAAGCCAGCAGAUAGACAGUGCCAGCCCUGAAGAAACAGACCCUAAUAUUUCUCAGCCAAAGCCAAGCGGGCCUCCAGAAUUAGACUUGAGCCUCACAGAAGAAAGUGAGCAAAUGCUGAUCACUUGUAAAGAGCUCUUUUCAGAAAAACACGCCAGUCUCCAAAACUCACAGAGAACCGUUGCUGAAGUACAAGAGACCUUGGCAGAAAUGAUCCGCCAACACCAGAAGAGUCAAGUCUGUAAAUCCACAACGAAUGGUCCUGAUAAGAAUGAAUCUGAGCAGGUAGCAGAACAGCCCCUCUCUAGUCCUCAGAACCAGUGUAAAGAAGAAAAAAAUCAGCCACUUUCUCUGCCUGAAUUAACCAAAAGUCUUACAGAGGCAAAUGAGAGAAUAGCUAAAUUUCCUGAGAGUGUUAAGAUCUGGCCCUUCCCAGAUGUGCUGGAGUGCUGUCUCAUUCUGCUUCACAUCGGGGCCCAGUGUCCUGGCAGCAUAACCCAGGACAUGCAGCAGCAGGCCCAAGAGCUCCUUCAGAAAUAUGGCAACACUAAAGUUUACAGAAGAUACUGCCAGACCUUCUGCACGUGAAUUUUCAAGGACCUUUAAGGAACUGUGCCAAAUUCCAAUGUACAACACCCUUCACCACCAUGACACCGCGCCAGACAUUCUCUUUGAUCCCUAGAUGUUUUUGCAGUGAUCCAAAUAAUACAAAUGAGGGUCAAGUUUGAAUUGACUCUACCCCUAGACAUAGUGGAAUCGGACUUUGGACUCAAUUGUGGUUUCCUACUGGAGGAAAAGAUCAUGAAAAGCUAGAAGUAGGUAUUCAGAACUAACACCUGCAGUAUGAUUCAUUGUUGGUCAUCUGUAAAGCCUUAUGCAGGUUUCACCCAAAGAGGAGAAACUUUUUAAUCACCCAAAGUGUUACGUUCUUAAACACAAACUACCUUUAUAAAUACUUUGCCUGGUGGUAAAUGUGCCAUUCUUGUUGGAGAUAGAAUUGAUAUCUUUUAUGACUUGGCUUGUUUUUUGUUGUUUGUUUUUUUUUUACUGUUUUUGUUAACUUGGGUUCUUCCCUUCUAUUCUUUCAAAGACUGAACUUUGUGAAAUAGGUCUUUACCCAUCAUGUUGACUCUACCCUCCAUCUGAACUUUAGAUCAAAAAUUUGGUUUUGUUUCAUGUAAUUGCUUACUUGAACACAUCAUUUACUAAAGCUUUAGAAGAACAAAUAACUAAAACUCAGAUGUGUCUUAUCCCUUCAGUUUUAUAAGAAGUUAUUAAUGGUGAUCACAGUAGCUCAGGAAGAAAUUGCUAUUUCAGUGGUUCUUAAUCUUUUUUCGAUCAUAGACCCUUUGAGAAUUAGAACCACAGAUGCUCUUCGAAGAAUAAUGCAUAAUUUUGUGUAUGUGGCUUUUGGAUUAUUGGACUCCAGCAUAAUGGGAUCCUAUAUACUAUUUAUAAAUCCUUGUUCUCCGCUCCCCCCCCCCCCCCCAUUAUUGAGCAUUCUCUUGAGGUCUGUUCUUCUCUUUGGUUAAAUAGUUGAACAAUGUCAGGAACAGAUGUUUCUGUAAUAGCCCAGUUGCUGGGAUAUAAACAUCAGUCUGGGGUAGGGUUGGGAGGGAGCACUCUUUCCCAAUAAUGUAACUAUUUUCUUUGGGGAUUCAUUAUGAAAGCUUUUCUGCUUGAAUGUCCAGUUUAUUUUUUAGUUUCCUAUGGCUGGCAUUGUUGUGGACAGCAAGAAUAAAAUUCAUUCACAGGAACUCUAGGAAGAAAAGUUUAAGACACAGAUCUGACUGACCAGGGGUUUUGUUUGAAUUCGACCUAGCUUUAGAAUUUAAAAAUGCUAAACCCAAAAGCAAAUACCAUAGAAUUUAGAUGCUCAUAGUUCUUUAUACAGUUACUUGAACUUUGAGAAGAAGAUGCACUGUUACUGGGGAUGAAGAAUCUUCUUGGUAUGGUAUCAGUGACUGAAUUAUAAAUCAGAUCUUGACAAUUCCCUGAUAAAAAAUUAUUGCAGUAGUUUCCCAUUGUUACUGGGAAAAAAAAAUCAUCUUGCAGGGCUUAAAAGGCCCUGCCUGAUCCCAGCCUUUACCUCUUGGACUCCUGUUCUUACACUCACAUCCUUGCUUCUAGAUUCCACACACACUGGUCUCUUAGGCUGCUGGAAUCCACCAAGUUCUCAUAUUGUCUCAGUAGGUUUUUCAUGUUGUUCCUCUGCCUGGUCCAUUCUUAGCCAUCUCUUAGAUCUCAGCUUAAAUGUCCUUUCUCUAAUAACUGUCCCUGAACCUCAAUCUAAAAGACAUCAGCGUGCUGUACUUUACAGCUCACACUGUAUUUUUGUGAAUUAUGUACUUUGGCAAUGCAGAUUGUAAGCUCCAAUGAGAUUGGUAGAGAUUAUGUCUUCCAUGUGCUAUUUUCCCAGCACCUAUUUACAGUGUGUUAUCUAGUAGGUGCACAAUAGAAACUUGCAGACUGAAUAAAUUGAGAAAUUAGAAUACUCAUUAAUAGCUUGGACUUAAAAUCUGACUCUGAGCUCAUGCAUAUCAGGACAAGCUAACAAUUAAGCUUGUCGUUGGUAGUCAACCUUAUUGCAUUAGCAGAACCACAAAUUUAAGAACAUUUGGCAGUUUAUACAGAGGGGCUUGAAUUCACCCGUAAUUAGCAUUCUCUUGGUUACUCUACAGGACCAUCCCUUUCUGAGGAUAACCACUCACAAAACCCUAAAUGCACUCACAUAUCUGUAUACAAGGUGAAGUUUUUGCCAAUUCUACUAGACUUGUUCCCUUUAAGAACACCUUAAUAAAUUCUCAUCCCUCCCAUGCAGUGACCAGACUCCCCACUCGACACAGAGUUCCUCAACCCUUCAUCUCAAUACUUCUCCUGACAUGUACAUCUGUCCUCAAGUGUGGCAAAGAUAAAAUUCCCCAUUUGAAUCUAAAUUUAGGACACCUAUGCAGGGCUCAGUCACCAGCAGGCCAAAGAACUUGAAAGAGAACCACUGACCCUGACCUGUGCUGCCUUUACCACAAAUCACAGUGAUAUAUACCUCUCUUCCUAAUUGUGACCAUCCCAGGCAAAAGCCUAGAUUGGCUCCUAUACCAGACUUCUUACAACCCCUUGUUUUGUGCCAAUAGGAAGGGUUGUAAAUAGUGUGGAGCCAACUCUACAAUACCAGAAGCUCGCUUUGUCUAUAAAGUCUGCUAAUUAACAAGCUAAUCCACCAAAUGGAGUAAAGUGGUCCCAGGAACUAGAAUUAAAACUAGUUUUCCCACUAAGGCUGGACGAUCAGUGGGGGGUUGUGAAGUGAAGAGACAAUUCCAUUUACACAGUUGGUCAUUA